AUCGAGGACGACGACCUCACUUUCGGCGGCAAGUCUCUUUCGACCUGGUACGAGGAGGACCGUCGCCGGUACAGCGACGAGAGCUUCGACGUGCCCGACGAGCGCGGCAGGUCGAGGACCCGCGCCUACGAGAUGGCGGCCCCCUCGAGCCACGGCCACCACAAG